UCUAUAGUUCAAGAAGAAGAUCUUUGAGUUGAUCUGCAGGGAGUCCCUGGAUCUAGCAAUCAAGGAAGGGGAAGUGAUCAGUGCUCGAGUUCGAAAGUCUAUUUCAAAUUUUGACUUUGAAGGAGUGAUGAUGCUUUUUCAUGUAUUAAGACAUAUGAAUGCUCUUAAACCACAGUUCGAUAAAACCCUGGAGGGAAGUGAUCCUGGUGUGCGGAAUAAGUAUAAUUCACUUCAUUAUGGUUUACAUACUGCGGGUUCUAUGGCACUUGAUGGGUUUGUUGAGGGUAUCCGUACAGAUGGAACAACUAGGGAACGAAUGCCUAAGGACGGAACAGUGUUCCAACUUACAGCAAAUAUCAUGAGGUAUGUUGAGAAUUUAAUCGAUUACAUGGAUACAAUAGCAGAUAUAUUGGGACAGGACGCUUCAUAUAACCAGGCAAUAAUCAAGCUACCUCGCCGUGUUAUUCCUGCAGACCGUCCUCAGGCUCUUCUAGGACUCUAUAUCAAGAAGGUUCUAGUUCAACUGAAUCUAACUCUAGUAAACAAAUCUGAAACCUAUACAGAUCCGUUCCUUAAAGCUGUUUUCAGGUUAAAUAAUAACGUUCAUAUACUCAGAACUAUCAUGGGUUCAGGAUUGCUUGAGGUGGUAUCUCUAUCUGCUCCGGAGUGUAGAGAGAACUAUGAAGAGAUGAUUACUGAACAGAAAAGGGUUUACUCACAGUGUUGGGAAACUAUCCUAGAGGAUAAAUUCUCUGGGUUUAAUCAUGAAAUUGAAGAGAUCACAGCUACUCAGAAAAGAUACUCAAUUCCUGAUGUUGAGCUUCGGGAGUCCUUGAAGAGGGAUAACAAGGAGUAUAUACUCCCUAAGUACAACAGUUUCUAUGAUAAAUAUGUAAAUGUUCCGUUUACCAAGAAUACGGAUAAAUAUAUUAAAUACACUCCAGCCCAGGUGUCUGGGCUCAUUGAUAGUUUCUUUGAUGUUGCCGCCUAGGCCGAGUUUCUUUGAUGUUGCCGCCUGCCUGGUUUGACAACAUUGAAAAACUAUAAUUUAGAAAGUUACAGGAACAAUUAGAAAUAUGAAAAUUUACUUUUAUCCCAGAGGAAUAUUCACCACUGUUUUAUCCAUUUCUGGAUAAAUGGUUGGGCUAAUGGUCCAAACUUUAGUUUAAAGAAAGUUUAUUAAUUUCUGAUAUCUAAUUGACUAUUAUUGUCUUAAGGGUAAACAUUAGACAUCGCUUGAGCAAACUAUAGUUACCAAUUCAUCAGGUUUCCUAGAUUGGACGUUGAUCCCCACCCCCCCCUUGUAUUUAUGAAAACCUUCACAUUUUGGAACAAACCUUUAGCUUGCACUAAUUAAGCAGUUCUUUUUAAACAGGGCUUCCAGUUAAAUGCAUUUAGUUUGAAUAUUUACAUUUUAUUAAAUUCUUUAAAUUAGUUAUUAUACUUUAUUGUAGAUCUUUUUUCACUUUUAUAAAUAUAAUAUCUGUGAUAUUAAACUGUUUACUAUUUUUGUACCCUACAAAGCAAAUAAAUUGAUCUUGUUAAAAAUAUUCCAAAUUUACAGAAA